GAUCAAAUUUCGGACAGUAGACAGAUUUGGCUUGACAAAAAUGAGUGAUGCGCCAGGCUAGAACUUAAGUCGCAUCAAGAGAUAUUACCCUGGAAGAAAUUGCACCAAGAUUGCGUCGUCACUGCGAACAGGAAAGAGAUCGGGUCCAGCGUGGCAAGUGGCAAGUGGAUCGCAUUGCUAGUUUCUGCAAUGGAUUCUACUCAGUGCAUCGUGAGCAAUGCAGCCGAUAAGAACCUAAACUACGUCUGAACUAUUACUGUUGGAGAGCAAUUGGAAAUUGGUAAACUACUGGUGAAAGUGAUGUGCUAUGAGCCAGAGUGAGACUUCUAUAAGUGCUGGCUAAAUUGGCUGAGUGUGACAUACGAAAAUGGCUCAGACGAAUGACAAUAAAGUCAACGAAAAUAUAUGGAUGCAGUUAUACGAUGUGGAAUAAUGAUACUGGUGCAACAAGUAUAUAAUCGACUGCAGCCGAGUCUAUGUCAAUUGCGAAAAAGGCCACCGGAAUAGCAUUCGAGAGAACGGCUGCACGAACGUCGACCGGUACGAGAUCCAGCCCGUCCACCUGCGUGAUGUGACCACCUACGAUGAUAGCAAGACGCCAGCCUACAGCUACAAUGAGGCCCUGCAGCUGGUCGGGGAGGGCAAGUUCCACACGUUCCUGCUGUUCGUGUGCGGCUUCUGUUUGAUGAGUGUUAUCAACGAAACACUGAACGUCGGAUUUAUCAUCUCCGCGGCGGAGUGCGAUCUCAAUCUGAGCUACUCGGACAAGGGCAUGCUAAAUGGGGCCGCCUUCUGUGGGGUGGUGGUCAGCUCCCAUCUGUGGGGCUUCCUCUCGGACACCUGGGGUCGCCGGAAGGUUAUCCUGCUGGCAACCAGCUGCGGCUUGGCGUUCGCAAUUGUGUCCAGCUUUUCGGUGCAUGUGUGGAUGCUGAUUGCAACGCGAUUCUGUGUGGGAUUUUUCAUGUCCGGCAACGCAGCUACUUGCUACGCGUACCUUGCGGAGUUCCACACCGAUAAAUCUCGCGCCAAGGUCGUAUCGUACGCCGGGAUGUUUAUGGCCCUCGGGAUGAUCUAUUUGCCAGUGGUGGCAUGGUUCAUAAUUCCGCUGGACGCAACACUUAAUCUCUACAUCGAGCCACUCGACAUGCGGUUCUCUUUGUGGCGCGUUUAUCUACUUCUUAGCUCCCUCGCAAGCGUGCUUAUCUUGAUCGGAAUCCUGAAUCUGCCGGAAAGUGGCAAGUUCCUGCUGACUAUUGGCGAGAAGGAGAAAGUGGUCCAAAUUCUGGCCAAGAUGUACCGAUGGAACCAAGGCAAACCUGAACACACAUUCCCGGUGAAAUCGAUCGCCCUGGAUGCCGUAGACAGUGCCUUCGCGGACGAGAUGCGUCGCAAAUCCACCCUCGGGCUGCGCUACGUGUGGGAACAGACGGUCCCAUUGUUCCGGAGCCCCCUGGUCGGGAACACGGUGCGGGCGGCCUUCCUCAUGUUUGGCCUCUUUAUGGCCUCCUCGGGGCUGUUUAUGUGGAUGCCGGACAUUCUCAACACGUACAUCAACUACAAGGAUGAAAAAAUCACGAUCUGCCAGGUGGUGGACAUUAUUCACCACAAUCGGACUGCCAAUGCAUCCGAGACGGCGAAUGGCAACUGUCCGGUGCACAUUGACGCCAACAUAUUCGUAAUAACCGCCGUGAUGGGGAUCAUUUUCCUGCUGGGCUACAUGCUUAAUGGAGCCAUCAUAAACGUGGUCGGAAAGAAGAUGCUACUGAACAUUUGGUACGUGGCGUGUGGCGUGUGCGGAAUCGCUGCACUGUGGACUUCCGAUUUCUACCUGACGCUGCUGGUGAUCGUGGUUUUUCUCGCCGUUGGCUGCCUCGGAUCGGUGCUCAGUGCCAUAUCGGUUGAUCUAUUUCCAACUAAUUACCGGGCAAUGGCACUCUGCCUAAUACUGAUGACCGGUCGGCUAGGUGCGAUGGUUGGCAGCAAUCUGGUCGGCUUCCUGCUCGCCUACAACUGUGAUUACAUCUUCAUCCUGCUCGGUGGCCUGUUGCUGGUUUGCGCUCUAAUUGGGACAACCUUACCGGGAAAGUGACCAAGCACACUGACUUGAAGAGUGUCAUCGCGGUUGUGGAACUCGCCGCGCACAGAUCAUCAUCAUCAUCUCAUCACCGACAGCACGCUAUUGAACUCGGCUCAAUAGCAAUGAAAAUGUGUACUUCGCUAUCCAAUAAAAAUGCAUACGAAAUUAGUUUGUGAUAGGAAAGGCCAAUGUCGAUCUCACACUGAAGGAGCGCGCUUUUCAACACACGCUCUCACCAGAGGCUCGAUUGAAUCUCGUCGUCAUUAUCAUUAGUGUUUUGUUUUACGAUAGAUCGUCGGUUACCCUUGCAACGAAGGAAUAACCGUUCAAAUUACCGACUUACAGCGAUCCCCGAUAGGCAUUAAUCAACAGAUGUAUACAUAGCUAGGAGCAGCCAUAAGUUUAUACUGCAAUGAUGUCCGAUCGAAGAGGAUAAUGCGAAUAGAAUUAAGGUGAAAAUAGUUAACAAAUAAAUGCAUAUAAGUAUAUUACAGAAU